UGUCAUGUUGAGAUGCUGGAGCAUCACAAAAAGGCUUUGUUUUUAGUAAUGAGUUGCUAUAAGAUGGUAACUUAUUAUUUUUUUUGGCAUUACUAGAAAAGGAGUAUGUCAUAUUUAUUAAACGGGAGAACAAGGGCAACCUAUUUUCAAGUUUGCAGAAGACAGGACAACAAAAAUGCGAAGCAGAAGCAGUAAAUCCAAGAUGGAGUCUCAGAUUCCAGCACAGCAUCCUCAACCCAAGGGGAGAAGUAUAACCCAAAAGGAAGAGCAGGGCAGGGGCCCAUGGAGGGAAGUCUCUCGUGGACCUUCUCCUCAUUCCAGGCCUCAAAACGAGAGGUUCUACCAUCAAUACCAGGAUCCCCGAGCAGGGCCUCCACCUUGGUCAGAUGCCAGAAUGGACUACUACCACCCGACAUAUCACCCACAGCUCCAGGAUUAUAUGAGACCGCACUCCAGGGCAGAGUAUUAUGAAAACAGUUAUCUCAACAGGCCAUACUCAAGGCAAAGUUAUGAAGAUCAGUAUUGGAGCCCUGUGGAAGAUUAUUCCUAUGGAAGUCAUCAGAGAUACUCCCAAGCACUGCAAGGUGACAGAGAUCUAAGGCAGAGAAAUACCUAUGGUGAAUAUGCAGAUUACUGGAACCAGAGUCAUUACAGAGAUUACCGUCAGGAGGAAAGCAGUAGAAUUGUCAGGCAGAACAACGCAACACCAAUUCGAUCUAAGAAGCAUGAAUCCUACAAAGACGGGUACGGUGCACAGGAAGACAGCUCCUAUGAUAUCAAUUACGGCCCUUCUUUGCAACAAGGAUGGAUUCCAAAUGAAUUGCAAGGGAUCUCCCUGGAGAAUCUUGGUGCUCAAAUGCAUGAGGUUCCGGUGCUUGAAGAGCCAAGCUUGCUUCAACAGUACAAAGAAUCUGGCCUCAGCUCCAGCGCUUAUGAGCUAAGCCAGUACAUCUAUGACGCUUCCAAUCCAUAUGAAGCCGCUCCCUCCAAGGAUUGGAGUCCAGUUCAGACAGGUGAAUAUAUACCAGCACCCCAGAAGUUUCCCUUAUCCCAUGUACCUGUCUGCUUUGGAGCUGGAGGGCAUCUGGUCCGAGGAUGUCCUAAUUAUCCAACAGAAGGGCAACCUGCCCUUGUUGAAAUACACAGCCUGGAGGUUAUUUUAUAUGAUACUGCUGAGCAGAAGGCGAUGCAAGUCUUCCCAGGACCUCUGAUCAGGGAGGACUUGCACAAGGUGGAUGUGAUGACAUUUUGUCAGCGCAAAGCAACCGCAGGCUGUGACCAGGCAUCUAACCGGGGCCGAGAUGCCACCUUGCUUUGGAAGCUCCUUCUACUUCUUUGCCGCCAGAAUGGGUCCAUGGUGGGGUCAGACAUAGCCGAACUGCUGAUGCAAGAUUGCAGGUACCGGGAGAAAUAUAAAAGGCAAGAGCCAGUAGCCAAUCUGAUUAACUUGACGGAAGAAGAGUGGCCGGUGCAAGUCUGUGGGACCCCAGACCUUCUCACAGGGGAGAUAGUACCAAGUGCUGGCACACCAAAGCAAAAUGUGGAGAAGUUCACCAGACUCCUCUACUACGGGAGGAAAAAAGAAGCUCUGGAUUGGGCCAUGAGGAGCCAGCUGUGGGGCCACGCUCUCUUUCUAUCCAGCAAAAUGGACUUGAGGACCUACAGCUGGGUCUUGAAUGGGUUCACCAGCACUCUGGCCCCCAACGACCCUCUGCAGACGCUUUUCCAGCUCAUGUCUGGAAGGAUCCCUCAGGCAUCACUGUGCUGUGGGGAUGACAAGUGGGGAGACUGGAGACCACACCUGGGUGUUAUCCUGUCCAAUCAAGUGGGAGAUGCUGAACUGAACCACAGAGCCGUUGUCACCAUGGGAGACACAUUAGCUGGGAAAGGAUUAACAGAGGCAGCUCAUUUCUGCUACUUGAUGGGAAACAUUCCUUUCGGCCAUUUUGGAGUUAAAACCCAACCCCACAUGAUAUUGCUGGGCAGUAACCAGAGUCAGGCCCUUGCCCAGUUUGUGAAGUUGGAAGAUAUCCACAGGACUGAGAUCUUUGAAUACUGCCAGCUGCUGGGGGACCCCAAAGCUUUCAUUCCCUCUUUCCAGAUGUACAAACUUAUUUAUGCCGCUCGCCUUGUGGACUACGGCCUCACUGCUCAGGCCUUGCAUUAUUGCGAAGGGGCUGGAAUGGCUCUCCUUGCCCAGAAUGGGAACACCAACCCUGUCCUCCUACAGCAAGUUAUCCAGCUGGCGGAGCGGCUGAAACUCUCAGACCCACGGCUGCUGGAGAGUCCCGAACAAGAUGGCUCUUUAGAACCCGAUUGGCUCAUCCAGCUCCGAGCCCUACAUCAGCAGAGCAAGGAGGAAGGAAGUCUUCCUGGUGCUACUUCCACCCAGCCAGAGCUUGUGAAAAACAGUGGAUCAAUACCAGAUAUGGCUCCAUAUUCUGAGCAUGUACAGAGUCAAGGUUGUUUGGGGGAUUUUAGGCAACAUCCUUCUAAUCAGCUGCCUCCUGUGGAAUCAACUCAGUACCAGCCAAGCUUGGACCAGAGACUGCAUCUCCAUCCUGGAUCUGACUGCCCUGCAAAUGCAACUGUUACCAGAGAUGGAGAAUGGAGAGUGGAGCAACAUCAGCCAAGUUCCUUUUCUUCUUCAGGAGGACUUCCAGAUGACCUCUCCUCACAUCUGCGCCAGUCAUCAGGGGAUGCUCAGGAAUCUGGUGGCGGUUACUAUACCGGUCAGGAACAGAACUUAAAGGAAAAUCAGAACACACUAAAAACCAGGACCCGGUCCAUCUCUCAGAGUUCAACCAUAUCUAUGGUGGAGGACGUCUCACAGCUCUCAGAAGAUACAGUGGAGGAAUCCAUUUCAGAGUCUGAAGAAGCAGAGAAUGCUGGGAAAGAGCAAGCAAAGGUCUCUGGUUUUGGCUGGUUCCAAUGGUUCCGAUCCAAACCUAAGAAUACAGAACUUUCACAGAAGGCACCAAAUGCUCCUUUGGACUUGGCUGUUUCAGAUCCCCAGGGGAAAGUGACUUUACCACCAUCUUCUCCUCCUCCUAUGGGUGGAAUCAGGCCUCCAUCACUUCCUCCUCCUCCUCCUCCUCAUCUACCUCAUGCUGAUGGCAAUCCUUUCCCCCAAAACAUUCUGGGUAAUCCUAGAACCAAAAAUCAACUAGACCUGGGAACCAAAGAAGGGGGCAUAUUUCCACGUGCUAGAAACCAGGACAUUCCCUCUGACCCUCAUCCCGACUCUGCUAUGCGGCCUUUAACCCUAAAGGGAGGAACAGUUCCACUUUUCAAUCCUUCUCAGGUCACUGUGGCAGCAGUAUCUGGCCAGCCACCACAGAGUUUUCAGCGCCGCUACCCACCGUAUCCUCAAUGAUCAAAAAACCUCCAGGCUAUUUCUACCCCUUCUGGAUGGCAUCCUUUUGCCUGCAGUUAAGAAACUGCAAUUAUGCAGCACUUUCUCCUUCCUCUGGCUGAUGACCCAGCUUCCUGCGGCCCAAAGGAUACUAGCAAGAAUAUUUAUGAGACCUGCCCCCCCUCUUCACCCUGUGCCAUUUAAAAUAUGGAAUGCAGUUGUAACCUUUCUCAUGUAUAGUAAAAACUAAAUAUUCUUAUUCA